UAAAAUAGAUAUCCAUUAAAUUGCACAUAUUUAUAGUAAACAAUUUGAUGAGUUAUGACAUGUAUACACCUAUGAAGCUAUCACCAUAAUCAAGAUUAUGAACAUGUCCAUCAUAAUUUUUGCAGAUAACAGUAAUGUAAAAUUUUCGUGAUCAUCAUAUCCCCAGGGACAUCUGGCACUAGUAGGCCAUAUCUAUGGUCUACUGAGUGAAUACAUUUUCUCUAAUUUGUUGUCACUGAACAUCUUUUGAACAAUAGUGUACUAGAAGAACAAAGAGUUGGACAGAAUCCAGGCUUUUAAUUUUCAGCAUUUUUGAAGAGCAUCUGAAUAGCCUUUGAAUAUAAAAAUCAACAGGUGGAGACCCCUGGCAGGCCUAUGGUGGCUUAGCAGUCCCACAAAGCCUCAAGUAGUUCUAGCCCUACCAUUUUUAGAGAAAAAGCAGUGGAUAAGCCUAUUCCUCUACCCUGUGUGUUGGCUUGAACCUUAUUUUUUUUUCCAGCUUCAUCAUUUUAUAGACCAUUUAUGAACCAAUAGCGCACAAGUUUUGUUUGAAAAGAUGGGUCAAAAUAUGGGAAUGACACAUUAUAAGCCAACUCCUCUGAGUUUUGGUUUUUCUCAUGUAUCGUUCCACCUUGUCAGAGACAGCUGUAAAAGAAAACAAAAAGAAGCAAGGUUCCUGAGAUGUCCACGUUCUCAAAUGAAAUAGACUGCGCAGACAGCUGAUAAUCAGUAUGGCUUUGGCUCAGUGUUUCUGAAAGGAAGCGUAGCUGCUUUUUGUCCUGCCUAGUGACAUCCUAUUUGCUUUCGUUGCUGGUACGGAUGAGGUCUGGUAAGCUUUUUUCUGGGACUCUCCUCAUAGUUCUUUCCUGUACUCCGCUGUGUUCAGCCCCGUUCUGGAAACAACAGUUUUUAAGAACGCAGUAUUUAACUUCGGGGUUGCAGUUGCCUCCCUCUGCCAACACCCAUCUUCACCCCUCCCCGCGCAGCCCCACAUCCCCUCCACCGCUGAGACUGGUCACCCUCAGAACCGUGGCCUUGAGGUCUCUAAGCUUCCCUUCUUUGCCUCAGGUCCCAAGACGCCAGUCCGGGCUUAACUUUAGGAGUUGGGAGGGCAGCUUGCCUAAUCAGUCACGCUUCAGCUGGGGACUGCUUCUACCUGCUCAUCUUCUCCUUGGAUUCAAGGAAGACCCGAGUGGAUUUGGCACAUCCCCUAAUCUGGGCCUGCCACUAGCAGGCCGGGGGCUGACGUGGGCCGAGGGAGCCCAGGACGAGGCAGGCCAUUUCCACCUGCGUAAUAACAGGCUUGGGAGUAGCGAGGCGGCGGCGGCGGCGGCUGGAGUAGGAGGAGGAGCGCAAGCAGCGGCCGCGGCGGGGCCGGGAGGAAGAGGAGGGGGAGGAGGAGGAGCUGAAGCGGGGAGAGCGGCAGCCAGCGGCUCCGCCGGAGUUGCAGCAGCGGCGGCGGCGGCGGCGGCGGCGCUGACACCGCAGCCUCCCCGAGCCCCGAGUCCAGGCGGGGGCAGCAGCAGGGAGCGCCCGGCCGCCGCAGGCACCGCACCUCGGCCCCGCCACACCGCCGUCGCCGCGCGGGGGGCACCGCCAGCCAUGGCCGCGCCGCCAGAUCCCCAAGACGAGCUGCUGCCGCUGGCAGGCUCCGGGUCCCAGUGGUUCGGGGACCGGGGGGAGGGGGAGAACGAAGCCGUGACGCCGACAGGGGCCAAGCUGGCGCCGCAGGCGGGGGAGCCCGGCCGGGGGUUGGGCGCUGGGGCCGGGGACGCGGCGCCGCGGGAACUGGACUCCGGCCCCGCCCGGCCGCCGCCCGUUGCCAUGGAAACUGCAUCCACAGGUGCGGCAGAUGUCUCCAGUGCCACGGAUCAUACCUUUUCAACAGCAUCAAAAGAUGGAGAAGGAUCGUGUUACACAUCUCUGAUUUCCAACAUCUGUUACCCACCUCGGGAGGAUUCUACAUAUUUCACUGGAAUUCUUCAGAAGGAAAAUGGCCAUGUCACCACUUCAGAGAGCCCUGAGGAGUUGAGUACCCCUGGGCCCUCCUUACCAGAUGUGCCUGGGACAGAGCCUCGUGGCUUAUUUAGUUCUGAUUCUGGAAUAGAGAUGACUCCUGCAGAGUCCACUGAAGUGAACAAGAUCUUAGCAGACCCCCUAGACCAGAUGAAAGCAGAAGCCUAUAAGUACAUUGACAUAACCAGGCCAGAGGAAGUGAAGUAUCAGGAGCAGUGUCACCCCAACUUGGAAGAGAAAGGCUUGGACUUUAAGAAUAAGGACAUUGAAAUCGCAACAAAAUCUGAAGAGGCCCGUGAACCGGAGAAACCAGCUCCUGUAGAGGGAAAAAUCCUCAAGGACCAUUUAUUUGAAGAACCAACAUUUGCACCUUACGUAGAUGAUCUCUCUGAAGAGCAGCACGGUGCUCCUCUGAUCACUGCCCCCGUCAAAAUCACACUCACUGAGAUCGAACCUUCUGUUGAAACUGCGACCCAAGAGAAGACCCCCGAGAAGCAAGAUAUCUGUCUGAAACCAAGUCCUGAUACAGUCCCCACAGUCACCGUCUCAGAGCCUGAAGAUGACAGCCCAGGAUCUGUCACUCCCCCAUCUUCUGGAACAGAACCAUCUGCUGCAGAAUCCCAGGGAAAAUGCAGCAUCUCCGAGGACGAGCUGAUCACUGCCAUUAAAGAAGCAAAGGGGUUAUCCUAUGAAACGGCGGAGAGCCCACGGCCGGUAGGCCAGGUGGCCAGCAGGCCCGAGGCCAAGGCCAGGUCCGGGCUGCCGGCCAUCCCCAGCCCCCUGGACCACGAGGCCAGCAGCGCCGAGUCGGGGGACUCGGAGAUCGAGCUGGUGUCCGAGGACCCGCUGGCCGCCGAGGAUGCUCUGCCCUCAGGCUACGUGACCUUCGGACACGUGGGCGGCCCACCGCCGUCGCCCGCGUCGCCGUCCAUCCAGUACAGCAUCCUGAGGGAGGAGCGCGAGGCGGAGCUGGACAGCGAGCUCAUCAUCGAGUCAUGCGACGCGUCCUCCGCCUCGGAGGAGAGCCCCAAACGGGAGCAGGACUCGCCCCCGAUGAAGCCCGGCGCCCUGGACGCCAUCCGGGAGGAGCCCGGCGCCCGGGCCGAGGAGGGCGCGCCCGGCCCCUUCCCCAAGUUCCCUUCGGCCGCCCCCCAGACCGGCCCCGAGCUGCCCUCCGGGGGCCGGGCUCCGGCACCCGACGGGCCCGCGGCGCAGCAGCGCAAACCUGCGGAAGCCGCGAGCUCCGGUCCAAGCCCGGCGGCCGUCCAGGGCCCUGAGCCGCGGGGUCCCGGCGUCGUGCCUCCUCUGCUGUUCCUCAGUAAGCAACAAGCUAUUGACCUGCUCUACUGGCGGGACAUCAAGCAGACUGGGAUCGUGUUCGGGAGCUUCCUGCUACUGCUCUUCUCCCUGACCCAGUUCAGCGUUGUGAGUGUCGUGGCCUACCUGGCUCUUGCCGCACUCUCAGCCACCAUCAGUUUCCGCAUCUACAAGUCUGUGUUACAAGCGGUGCAGAAAACCGACGAGGGCCACCCUUUCAAGACCUACUUGGAGCUCGAGAUCACCCUUUCUCAGGAGCAGAUCCAGAAGUACACAGACUGUCUGCAGUUCUAUGUGAACAACACACUUAAAGAACUGAGGAGGCUCUUCCUUGUCCAGGACCUGGUGGAUUCCUUAAAAUUUGCAGUCCUGAUGUGGCUCCUGACUUACGUUGGCGCUCUUUUCAACGGGCUGACCCUGCUGCUCAUGGCUGUGGUUUCAAUGUUUACUCUACCUGUAGUGUAUGUUAAGCACCAGGCACAGAUUGACCAAUAUCUGGGACUUGUGAGGACUCACAUAAAUGCUGUUGUGGCAAAGAUUCAGGCUAAAAUCCCAGGCGCUAAAAGGCAUGCUGAGUAAAUCGAUAUCCCACCAGGGACUGGACACAAACCAGAAUGUCUGGAGUGGUAACAACUCUGUUCUUACAUGUUACUGCAAAUUGAUUGUUUCUCCCCCCAGUACCAUAAUCUUAGAGACAAACUUUAAAACAGCUGUUUUUAGGCUGUUCCUGUACUCUUAGGAUAUUUGAGUCACUUGUGUCAAGCACUAAAGUAUAGAGAAAAGUGUAUUAGAUGUGGUUUUAAUUUUGUGUUGCUAAAAAAAAAAAAAAAAAGUGCAUGAUGGUGAGAGCCCAGCUUAUUUUGUCUUCUUCGGUGUUCUCCUCCUCCUCUCUGCAAUGCUUCUGUAGCUUCUGACGUUCCCCGUGGCUAGGCCCUUCCUGCCGAGUGCACUGAUGCAGUAGUGGAAAUCGCUUAUAUGUCCUUGGGUUGCUGGUUGGAUUAAUCUUUAAUAACAAUAUAUAGAAUUGUAGACUGAUGUUUUAGUGUUUUUCCAACACACAACAUAAAAAUAAAAACAGUCGACCGUACUUCUGGUAAUCAGUUUUGUAUAACUUAAAAUAAUUAAAUAAAUGAAUAACCCCUCCUCCCUGCCCUUCCCCCCCCCAAAAAAAAAACAUGCAGUACUUUUGUUGUGUGGGACUGACAGGCUGAUUUACAUGUAUGGUAAAAAAAAGUACCAGCAUGUUAACUUUAUUACGAUUUGUAUUACUUUCUCUGUAGUUCCUAAUGGACCUAAUUAUGGACUCUGGAUA